UUUUUUUUUGCCGUCCCUACUUGAAAAGCCAUGUGUUGCGAGGAAGUACAGAGACAGCAGUUACGGACUGCAGUAACAUGUAUCCUACAUCAAAGAGGUACCGCGUAGUGGACAAUGAGCACACUACCAGUCUCGAUAAUUUUCAAUAAGAUGGCAGCCGAACAGACGGACCAGACUUAUGGAACGUUAUUGGAUUACAGCGAACAAAUAGAUUUCAGUUGAUUUGUCAGACUCUGGAUAAAAACAGACACUAAUUAUGAAACCAAGUUUUUCUCGUCGACGGAAAUGAGUGUUCAGAAGUUUUUAAAGAUGCCUAUGCUCUAUAUAGUCAUAGAAUUGAUUAUUGCUGUUUUGUCUAUUGCUGGCAAUGUUUUGGUAUGCUGGGCCGUUGCCAUCAACACUACUCUGAAAAACGCCACGAAUUAUUUUUUGGUGUCUUUGGCGGUGGCAGAUAUUCUGGUCGGAUGUCUUGCUAUCCCUUUUGCCAUCACGAUCAGUAUUGGGCUGCAUUCGGACUUCUAUGGAUGUCUUUUUUUAGCCUGUUUUGUCUUGGUUCUGACCCAAAGCUCAAUAUUCAGCCUUCUGGCUGUUGCAAUUGACAGGUACUUGGCAGUCAAAAUUCCACUAAGAUACAAGGAGCUGAUGACGGGCAAGAGGGCCAGGAAGAUCAUUGCCAUUCUGUGGAUACUCUCUUUCGUGAUUGGCCUCAUUCCCUUCCUGGGGUGGAACAAGAAGCACGAAGUGUGCGGCAGGAACGCCAGCGUUGCGGAGAGCGGCGCUAACGGCAGCUCCAUGGCGACCGGCGGCGGCGGCGGCGGCGGCCUCCUGAACAGCUGCGAGCUGUUCUGCUUCUUCGAGAGCGUGAUGGACAUGAGCUACAUGGUCUACUUCAACUUCUUCGGCUGCGUGCUGCCGCCGCUGCUCAUCAUGCUGGGCAUCUACAUCAAGAUCUUCAACGUGGCCCGCAAGCAGCUGCGGCAGAUCGAGCUCAAGUGCAUCCACGGCGACAGCUCGCACAGCCUGCUGCAGCGCGAGAUCCGCGCCGCCAAGUCGCUCUCCAUCAUCGUGGGCCUCUUCGCCCUCUGCUGGCUGCCCGUGCACAUCCUCAACUGCCUGACGCUCUUCUACAACCAGCUGGAGAAGCCGCCGGCCGUCAUGUACGUGGCCAUCAUCCUGUCGCACGCCAACUCGGUGGUCAACCCCAUCAUCUACGCCUACCGCAUCCAGGACUUCAGGAACACCUUCCGCAGGAUCCUCUUCAAGCACGUCCUGUGCCGGAGGGAGGAGCUCUACCGCAGCUCCAACGGCAGUACAAUCAACAGAGAACAGGUCACCAUGACGAUCGAUCCGUUACUAUAGGGACGGGGGGGGGGGAGGGAGAGGGGGACGGUGAGGAAGGAGGAGAGUUCCUGUAGUGGUUUUUCUUUUUUCUUUUUUCAAAGACCAAUCAAAAGCGUGGAGAGAAAUGUUUACAGAACAAGGAGAUACAAGGUGUGAGCUGAAAUGGUGAAUACUGAGCACAAUGCCUUCGACGUGGGUUGUACAUUUAUGAAGUGAUAAGGAACCGUGGGACAGGUCCCAAAUAUUGGUAUUUUUUCUGUGCAUAUUGAUUUGAAGAAAAUCCAAAUGUUGUAGAAGGUGCGAGUUUUAACUGGACACACAGGACUACUGCAAUCUUCAUGAGAUUUGAGUCCUGAAUUCUGCCCCCUGCCCGAACCAAUAUUUAUCCUUGAGUACAUAAACUUGAAGCUUCUUCUUUCUAAGCCUUAACUUUGUCAGAGGAAUAAUGUGCAGUCAGUGUUUAUCAUUUAUUGUUGUUUUUUUAAAUAAUUAAUUUAUCAGCCUGUAGCAUUGAAAUUGGAGUAAGAGAAAUGUGUGCAUUUUAAAAAUGUAUUUAGGGGCACACACGGUUCUUGCACUUGCACAAAACACAUCAAACGGAAUGGUGUCUGUGGGUUUCUGUCAACAUGAAACACCUGUUGAGAAGCUCACGUCUAUAGCAGCAGUGAAUCUUUCCAGCUGCCAACAGAGAAUGUAGAGAAAAAUGAAAUAUGCUAGCUACUGUGGAUGGACCUCCAAUCAAUUAAUCCAGUUCUUUUUUUAAUGUGAUAUGUACAUUUUAAGUUAAAAGGAAACUGCUGUGGUGUGUUACUGUUAUGGACAAACACUUGUACACAAGAGCAGUGAUGUUUUAUCGUGAAGUACCGUCAUGUGAGUGUAGUGGUAAUUUUGUGUCUGUGGUUCAUAAAUGUUGAUUUAGCUCAGCUCAGGAAUAAAGUCAUGUGUCGACUGUCAAAAGCAAAAAUCCCAGAGAACAAAUCCUUGAUGACGGUGAAAAUCUGAAACGCUGCAAAGUCUUAAUGUUGCGAGAUAAAGGAAAAUGUAACACCUUGUACUUCAAAACAAAUUUUCCACUUACAAGGCAAGAUACACGUUAUUGUCAAUAGACUCCAUUAAUUCAUUUCGCAUUUAUAUUAAUUUAUCUGUAUCAGUUCCUGACAUUGUACACACAAAAAAGGCAAUUCUUUUAAAGAGGUCUAUUAAUUAAAAUCAUAAAUAUCAGAGACUGAAACUGCACGGAUCUAGUUUCCUGAAGGCAGACCGAACUUGUUGCAACAAGUCACUGGGGAAUAAGCGUGUGCUUCACAGAGAGAGACAGGCAGCACAGCGUGUUCUACAGAACACAGACCCUGAAAUUCCCCACAUCUGAAUCUGUGCAGCGGUGCUUAGCAUUCCACCAGUUCCUUCUGGCUCAAAAACAGGGCUACCCCCACGUACCCACUCCCAAUUCCGGCCUAUCUGUGAUCUGGGGGGUGGGGUGGGGCGGGGGCAAAUUCUCUCAGUUCUGCCGCCGCCCCUCACUCUGAUUAUCACUGGAGAGUAAACAACUGCCAGCUUUUGCCGGCCCAAGGCGAAAAAGCGAUAGGCAGCAAUGCCCCAUGGGAGGUUUGCGUGUCACCUCCCCUACACAGCCCUGGCUGCGCUCGACAGCCGGCUCGAAAUUACCCACUUUUCCUGUUUGCCGUGAGGUCAUUCACUUCCACGCGCUGCAGAUCUCCGCGCGCCGUCGCCGUUUGCUCGCCGUUAGCCAGCUGGCACAAAACCUUCCCUAUUUAUGUGUGCAGACAAACACGCACUAAGCAUACGAAACGAGUUACAGGCGUUCACACUGAAACAGCAGUAGGUAAACACUACACAGAGUCUCGGAGUGGGAGUGAGAGGGGCGGGGCCUUUAUUUUUUUUGCACUGAUGUCACAAAGGGCUCAGAAUUCCAGCCGCACGUAUAUCCAGUUGGCCUGCCAUUGAACUUCAGUGACACAGGCAGCUGGUAACCCAAAAAGACUGCCUGCCAUCUUUCAGAGCUCAGUCACUGUCUUGUCAGGUCAGACAUUACUGCAUCUUCCAUGAAGCCAUUAUGCAACAUUCUGUAAUAUGGAAUAGAGCAGUGAAGGUUCAUUUUACUUUUUUUUGUGUGUGUUUCGUUUAAAUGAUGUGACAGACAGCUCAGUUUUUUUAAGACAGGAAACCGUACACAAAGGAAGUGAAGCCUUUCAGAGCUACUUAGACAAGAUAAAGCCUGCGAAGAAACUCAGUUUUGUUCAUAGACAUCUGGCUCACAUUAAUGGAACUAACCAACAGGGUAUUUAUUAUUUUUUUUUUUAAAGAUUAACUAUAAUGUGUAAAUGAAGCUUGUUGUCAUGAAUUCCACUGGUGAGAAGUAUGAGAAGUAUAAUUUUUUUGUGAGAUAAGUAUUUUCUUGAAGUAUAAAUAGUUAAAUGUCUAGGUGUUCCACAAAAUGAAAUGAGCAUCCUGGUAUACCUUACUCCACAAGGGAAGGCCAUUUUACACGAUGCACUGGGACAGACCGAUAAAGCUAUCAGAAAACACAUUCCUUUCACAUUCCAGUCAACAGACUGCCAGAUGCCUCUCUGGCCACACUAUAAUAGACAAGUAUUUCUAAACUUAAAGGUAUACUAUGCACAGACCUGCAAACUCAUCAGGGGUGAAAGAGGAGACAAAGAUGCGAAGCCCCUAGGGGGGUCAGGGGGCAUGCCCCCCGCGAAAUUUUUUUUUUUAAGUAUCAGCUUUAAAAUGUGGAUUUACAGUAGAUUUUAGCAUGAGGAUAUAGGGAAAAACUCAUCCUAGAAUUAAUGUAAUCUUACUGCUAAUGUCCCCCUUACAUUACAAAAGUUUAGUUCAGGGCACUUAAAAAAUAAAAUAAAAUAAAUUUAAAAAAGUCAAGAGAGUGCAGAGCCGGGUCCAAAAUUGUAUUAAAAUGCAUUGAAUCCACUAUACAAUAAAGUUGAUCAAGCAAAACAAAAACACAAUAUGCACAACAACUGACAAAUCAAAUGGAAAACACAGCUUAUGUUAUAUUUUGGUAGAGAAAGAGAGAGUUUUUAUGGUGGCAAUAUGGUGUGGCAAGGCGUGUUCUAUUACACACAUUAUUUAACUGACUAGUACUGGUAGUUUAACUUAAGGCACAGUGGUGGCUGCUGAGCUGAAAAUCGAGGUGGCAGAAAACUUCCCCUGAUUAUUAGUCUUGACUUCCAAUCAUUUUCCUUGAUUAACAAGUCUGCCCACGAUCUGAAUAAUUCAAUUGUAGAUAAACAGUUUCCUUCGUCACGCCAUGCAAUGAAGAUCAUAAAAAUUAAAAAUAAAUUAUACACUCAAAAAUGCCAUCGAACCUGUUCUCGUUCAGAUGACAAAAUCUGCGUAUUCCAGAUCUUUGCCAUGAACAUUUUCGGAGUGUGUACGUUUAUCCACUUUUUAAUAUGCUAGUGUCGAUUGAAAUGUGCACAAUUUUGCGACGCAAAUAGAAUGUUUUUCUCGUCUAAACUAAUUGAGGAGAACUGUCUCAUAUUUAGUAAUAUGUCAUUUCUAAUCAAGUACAAUAAUUAAAAACAAGUUGACACCAUCAAAACGUUAGUUAUCAGUUUAAGGGAUUUUCUGCCUGCUCAUUUUUCAGCUCAGCACCCGUCACUAGGGCACCCAGUGGUUUUCUUUCACUUUAAAAACAAAACCAGGUCAAAACCUAGUAGGCCAAUGUGGUUUCAAGGACUGCCCCACUAUUGCGGUCCAGCCAAAAAUAACUAGCACUUAAGUAAGCGGUGGGUACAGACAAAUUAACAAUUAGGACGUUGGCUCUUCUCCAUUGCUCUCAAUAGUCUCCAAGAAAAUACAAAUAAUUCGAAAUCCACGCCUGCACAUCCGUUAUUAAAAUACUUGGUAGAUUUGUUAAUCACCGCUGAUGGCGUUCAUUUCUACUUGUUUAACCUGACUUUUGAAAGGUUAGCUAGCGUUGUCGUAAAAUUUAGUGUUAACACAUUACUACGAUUGCAGGUCAGGCACUCUUCACAGUAAGAAGAAAUUUUAGGGUAGCGCUUCCAGUAUUGCUUGUGUCGAAAGUGCUGCGACGGAAACAGCGAUAGAUUUACCCACGAGCCACACCUGUCCAAAAUGUAAACAAGUAAUAAGGCAGUCUUCACGGUCGGGGAAAAUUUUAUGACAGCUUCACCCAGCGAGUGAACAUCACAAACGGCGGUGGUGUAACAGUUAUUGGCUCAUUACUUUUGUGGCGAAAACUUGCUAGGUUACCCACUGUGGUCCUGUUUACAAUCAAAGAAGUGUCCUCUGUCCUCUUCCUGUCCUCAACCCCACCCACUCAUCUCCAUUUCUAUAUUUUGUAUGUGUUUUUAUACCAUUUUUAUUUUUUAGAUCCAUUUUUCAAUAGCUGUCGCCAUCGCGGAAAAGCAAUUCCAAAUGCUCCGCAGAAAUCUUAUCCCACCCACAGGGAAGAAGAGCACGGAUUUGGGAAAUGUGCAUAAAGACAGAUGUUGUCAGUGCACCAUAGAUAAGACUGAUCAUGAUUAUUUUAUAUUUUCAAGUUUAAAAAUCCUGCAUAAUAAGCCUUUAAUUGUGACUUUUCAUAUAUAUGAACCUGUAGCAAUCAUUCUAAAGUGUAAUUUCCAACCAUACUCAGCAUGACUGACAGUGGCUCCUUGACUUCAUUGAUGUUAAGUGGGUUGAUGAAGAAGAAUGGAUUCAUGACCGUCGCAAAAAAAACCGAUAACAUAUGUUAUGGGACAAUUGCAAUGCUUUUCAAGGCUGAAGUAGGCAUUUUCAAAAGAAGCCUCGUGUUUUGGUAACAUACUGCCUCAUGAUAUUUAUUUUUAACCCCAUCAGCUUGAUGAAGCUAGCAGACGCCCCCACAUAAACCCAAGGGCUAGAACGCAAUUCAGAAUGAGUACAGCGACCUCCAGUGUACUCCAAUGCAGAUGUAACAGGCAUCUGUACUGCGCUGUAUUAAGAAUCAUCUUGCAGCACAUUUCAUUGUACGUGCUACAAGCAUGUUUUGUGGGGUAAUCAGUUUGCCUUUUUGGUAGUUCUUGGGAGGGGGGGGGGAUGCAGACCACUGGGAAAAUACAAAAUGGCUUUCAUGACAUUUUUACCAUGUUACAGUAUUAUUUGUCACUACAAAGUGUGUACUGAGGGUCACAUAUCAGUGUUUAGUAUUCUCUGCAAAGGUUAACUGUCGCACCGCAACAUGCUUAGCGUAACUGUAAACUAGUACUGUUAUUUAACAAAGGAAAUUGUAUGUACGGUGACUUAUUUUGUUAAUAAAAAGCUAUGUUUGAGUAGAAA